AUGGUAUUAAUUUCAUAUACUAACAUUGUUGUAGAUGAUUUUGGAUUUGCAAGAAGAAAUCCCCUUAAACGAUACAUAUACUUCUUAACCCAUAUGCAUUCUGAUCAUUAUUAAGGAAUAAGCAAUAGUUGGGAUUACGGAUAAAUAUUUUGUUCCACUGUCACUAAAGCCUUAUUAUUAGUUAAAUUCCCUGGAGUCAAAGGAGUGGUAUUAAUAACUCAUCAACAUAUAAAUAGAUGACUAUUCCUAUGAAAACACCAACAGAAAUAGAACUAUGCAAAAAAUAUAAAGUUAAAGUAACCUUUUUAGAUGCUAACCAUUGUCCUGGAGCUGUGAUGAUUCUUUUUUAAGGUUACUUUGGUACCAUUUUACAUACUGGAGAUAUGAGAUUUAAUAUGGAGAUGAUUCCAAAAAACCCGCAUCUUUACCCUCCUCAAAAUAUUUCAAAUGAAAAUGGAAAGUGUUCUAUUGAUAUUGAUGAACUUAUUCUAGAUAAUACUUAUUGUGAUCCAAUUUUUAAGUUUCCCAAUAGAGAUGAAGCUUUUAAAAUGUUAUGUGAGAUCAUUGAUAAAAAUCCAAAUAAUAGAGUUUUCUUAUGCGUUGAUUCUGUAGGGAAGGAAGAAUUAAUGGUUGAAUUAGCUAAACAUUAUGAAACUAUUAUUGUAGUGAAUGAAUAACGAUAUGAAAUUGUAACAGCUAUGAAUUUCUAUGUUGAAUAUUUCACUACAGAUAAAUCUUAAGGUUGGAUUGAAGUCAUUAGAAAAGGAGAAGUAGAAGCAAGACUCAAAGAAAAAAAUACUAUUGCCAUAACUGCAACUGGCUGGGCAAAUACUACCAGUUAUUAAAUGCCAGAUAAUAGAAGAUAUGUAAUUCCUUAUUCUCUACAUUCUAAUUUCAAUGAAAUGCAUCAAUUUGUUAAGAGUAUUCAACCUUCUUUAUUGCAAAAAGUAGUCAAGAACAACACAGGAAAAAGUAAUAAAAUCUAUAAUAUUACUUAAUUUUCAUAAUAUAUGGUGACUCUUCAUCAUAUUAAAUAAAGAGUAAUACAUAAUCCAUCCUUAUUAGGGAUUUGAGUUUUUCCUUAAGAAUUACACUGAUGAAAAACGAUUAUCCUAAGAAUAUAGAUCAAUUAUGAUGGACAGUAGAAAAUAAAAGGAGAUCAAUUAAGAUUUAGGGAUUGAAUUAACUGAACAAGAUAAUUAAAUGAUAAAUCACAUGAUGUUUUAAGAUUCUAAUUAGAAUGUUUUCUCUAAAUAAAAGCAGUAAUUUACAUUAUAUAUAUUGUUGUAGAGUUCGCAAAGGAUAUAAAUUGGAGAAACCUGAAACCAAUAAAAAUUUUAAAAUUACUUAAUUUAUUAGAGCUAAACAGCAAUUUGUAAACACAGAAUAAGCAUUAUAAAAAGAAAUUAUACCUGUAGAUAAAGAAAAAAGAAAGGACAAUGAUUCUGAAAUUACUGAAGUUACUAAACAAACAAAAGAUCCUAUAAUUAUAGAUUGA